GCCGUUGGGGAUUGAGCCUUGAGCAGGGUUCUGGUAAAACGCGGGGGAAUUUGGUUUGUGUUGUUCGGUAUGAUAGUAAUGAAGUGGAGUUGUAUGAGGUUAAUGAGAGAGAAAGAGAGAUGGAUCGAUGCGUUCUUAUUGUGAUAAUUAAUCCGGAAGUGAAGAAGGAGAGCACUUUCAGUGGGAUUGAAGCUGCCAGAAAGGUGUAUAACAAGCUAAAAGAUAUUUGCAGGACGAACACUCGAUCACAGCUUUCUCCUUUUCCAGGUUGCUCUCCGAGUGGAACUCCUGCCUCCCCGAAAUGGUUCUUCGCUAUUCAAGCAACUCGUGGCCCGACACAGUUCUGCAGCUCUGAGUGGGAUGAGGUGCGCGUGCAGCACGGCGAUGGCGAAGAGUCGGCGCUCUCUCCCGUGGCCGGCUGUGCCGGCGCCCUGCAAGAGCAAGAGGAGCAGAGCCAGCUGUCUGAAAUCACGUCACACACAGAGCUCUUUGAAGAAGCAGCUGAGUCUCUUCAUCAGUUAGCAGACAAACUUCCUCCUCCAGGAUUCGCAGGAAGGUUCCUGUUGGAUGCGAUCCUGCUGUGUGAGGGCGAGGUUGGAAUGAAGGACCUGCUGCCAGUGAUCGGCUCCCUGAAGCACAUGCAGGCUUGGCAUUCUGCACAGAUGACGGUCAUCACGGAGCAUCGUGCAGCAUGGCGAACAGCAGCCUCGUACCUGUCGGGCCGGGUGCGUUCUCCCUCUGAUGUGGAGAGCUGUAUCGAUGCCAGUGAGCUUUGGAGAGGCGGACUGCUGAUCCAAGAGAAGAAGUUUGUCUCCGAGCUGCUAUUUGAGGGUUUCAGUUUGAAGUGGCAGACCCGAGGUAGCUGGAGCCACGUGUCCUACCCGCACUCAGUCCCCUGCUGCUUUACUGACCACAUGAUUCAGCCUGAGGUUUUUCACUAUUACCAGCCAGUGCUGGAGCUCAUCCAGUUGGUCCGAGUCGCAGAUCUCCCAGUGAUUCUUCUUUCCACCACUGAGUUUGAGCUUGCAUUAUCCAGCAAAUCCAACAAAGCCAAGCUUCUGUUAGAUCAGCUCCAAGCUCUGCGUGGAGAGGUUGGUGCUCUAUUCUCUCUCUCCUGUGUGGUGAGCGUUGAAGCCUUUCCUCCAGCCUCCCAGCUCAGUGCCUCCAAAUGGAGGGAUUUUGUGGCCAAGUGCCCGAAAGCCUUUUCUGCUCCUGACGUCAAGGUGAAAGGAGAGAAAGGCCACUAUCUUCUCUUGGUUCAGGGAGCAGAGGCUGGCGGCUGCAAAGCACGACUGAUCCACUCCGCCAAUCAGAUUAACGGUGCUGUUGCUCUGGCAACAAUCAGCGGCCUUGUACAGGAAAAAGUUUCACUAUCCUCAGGCACCGAGAUUGCGGAUUGGCUGGGCACUCUGCCCCGUCUCUGUGGAGACGACCUCUUGCGGCGAGAGAGGAGGCUGGCCAGAGUGCAGCACCAGGUCAUCCAGGAAUGCGCCCGAAGAAGAGAGGAGGCACAGAAGCCUGCAGGUGUGCCGCUAAACGAUCUGAGAGUCCUGCUGCGUCUGGCCAGAGAGCAGUACCUAAAGAUGCAAACUGCUAUGCAGCCCAGAGUAUCAUGUGCACCAGUGGAGAAUGAGAACCACACUUCUGUUACAGCAGACACUAAGCACACCACCCACUCCGAAUGGCCAGAGAGAAGUGUUCUGCGAAACUAUGAAAACAUGCAGAAGAUCCGGCACAAAACCAGAUCUUCUUCCGACCUCUCCAGGUCUAGCCUCUUCAGCAGUGGCUCUUCAGAUUGUCUCAUGGGCCCUAAAGAUGGGCAGAAGAAUGUUUCUGCACCACUGGAUGCACAAGAGCUGCUUAAGCACUUCACUGCUGAUGGGCUACCAAGUGGAGAACUACAACCUCUCCCUGUCCUCAGAGGGGACAAUGUGUUCCAGCUGUCGCCUGAUCUCACUCCAAGAAAAGUUACCAAGCUGCCAUUCAGGCAAGCGGCCAGUGCUCGCUACCAUGGCAUAGAGUUUUGCUUGGACGAGCGAAAGGCUCUGGAGAGAGACUGUGGAUUUGCACGCCUGCAGUCGCGGCUAAUCCGCUUCGAGACCCAGACUACGUGCUGUAAGGAGCCGUGCCCGGUGCCGCUGGCUCUGAGCCCUAUGCCUGCACCUACUCCCUCGCCCUCUGAACCUGGCAGCGCACCAGAUGGAGAAGCUGCACACAGCGAACCACCUCGUCUGAAACGCCGCUGCCGUGAACCAGACACGCGAACCCACAAGCAAAAAAGGUUGGCCAAGUCGGAGAGCAGCGAGUCUCUGGGCUCUCAGUGCAGUGGAGGCAGUGGUGCACACCCAGCUGUCAGAGCUUCGCAACAGAAGUCAGGCCGUUCUCUGUCCUGCUCCAACUCAACCCGACGCUCCACUGCUGGAGCAGGACAAGUUGCUGAAAGUUCCAACGAGCAGCCAGCCAGCCAGAAAUCUAGCCAGGGCCAAACUGAGUCACGCUCGCAGAAACACAAUCGGAUGCUAAAGGAGGUGGUUGUAAAGACACUGAAGCACUAUGGCAUCACCAGUGAGCACAAGUGCUUCAAGGCCUGCAGUCAAAGACUGUUUGAUGUAUCAAAACUCUAUCUGAAGGACCUGAAAACCUCCCGGGGUCUGCAUGAGGAAAUGAGAAAAGCAGCUGGUCGAAACGCUAAGCAGGUGAUCGACUGGGUUGUAGAGAAAGCCAAAAAGUGAUGUGUACCUCAGUUGUGAACACACAAUGUGUUUACCUGUUUUGCAUUAUGUAGUGUCUGUCCGAUGCAUCAGUGUGUAUUAAAGUGUGUUUUUUUUUUA